GUGAAGAGUGAUUCAUGUUUGGAUAUAGAAAUAACGUCCUCAACAUCAAAAGAGCGACUGACAGCACAAACUCUUUCCUGCAUCACCUGUGGAAAGACAUUCAGCUCACAGAGACUUUUAGAGAGACAUGAGAGAAAACACACAGAAGAGAGACUAUUUACCAGAUCUGAGAUCAGCUUUACUACCUUACAAGAGAAGAAACUUCAUUCAGAAGACCACAGAGAGAAGAAGAAAAAGAAGAAAAAGAAGAAGAAGAAGAAGACGACGAAGAAGCAGUUUCACUGUGAGCAGUGUGGGAGGAUUUGUGUCUCUUCCUCUAAACUUAAUGUUCACAUGAGGACACACAGUGGUGAAAAGCCUUUCAACUGCAAUGAAUGUGGAAAUUACUUCAGAACCAAAGACGCUCUUAAAGUUCAUCAGAGAGUUCAUACAGGAGAAAAACCUUACGAGUGUCCUCACUGUGAGAAGAGAUUUAGCUAUAAACGUGGUCUGAAGAGACAUGUGCUUUUGCACACCAAUGAGCGACCGUAUCAGUGCAGUGAAUGUGACAAAACCUUUAGGGAUUCAGGUUCAUUAAAAUCACACCAGAAUACUCACAUUAAAGAGAAACUCUAUCAGUGUUCACACUGUGAUAAAUGUUACGGUCAUAAAUGUCAUCUGAUAAUCCAUCAGAGAGUUCACACUGGAGAGAAACCUUACGUCUGCGCUCACUGUGGAAAGAGCUUCUCUACUUCAUCUCAAUUAAUAGUUCAUCAGAGAGUUCAUACUGGAGAGAAACCUUAUCACUGUAGUGUCUGUGGGAAGAGUUUUAGUCUAAAGGCUACAUUACUAAAGCACAAGAGAAUUCAUACAGGUGAAAAACCUUUCAAAUGCUCUCAGUGUGACAAGACGUUUGCUUAUUCAGGUUCCUUAAAAUCCCAUCAGAAAGUUCAUACUGGAGAGAAACCUUAUCACUGUAGUGUCUGUGGGAAGAGUUUGAGUCAAGCGGCUACAUUACUAAGGCAUCAGAGACUUCACACAGAUGUUAAGAGUGAUUCAUGUUUGGAUAUAGAAAUAACGUCCUCAACAUCAAAAGAGCGACUGACAGCACAAACUCUUUCCUGCAUCACCUGUGGAAAGACAUUCAGCUCACAGAGACAUUUAGAGAGACAUGAGAGAAAACACACAGAACAGAAACUCUUCACCAGAUCUGAGAUCAGCUUUACUACCUUACAAGAGAAGAAACUUCAUUCAGAAGACCACAGAGAGAAUAAGAAAAAGAAGAAGAAGCAGUUUCACUGUGAGCAGUGUGGGAAGAUUUUUGUCUCUUCCUCUGAUCUAAAUGUUCACAUGAGGACACACAGUGAUGAAAAGCCUUUCAACUGCACUGAAUGUGGAAAAUACUUCACAACCAAACAAUAUCUUAAAGUUCAUCAGAAAGUUCAUACAGGAGAAAAACCUUACAAAUGCUCUCAGUGUGACAAAACUUUUUCUCAGUCAAGUCACUUGAAAGCACAUCAGAGACUUCAUACUGGAGAGAAACCUUACGUCUGCGCUCAAUGUGGAAAGAGCUUCUCUUAUUCAUCUCAUUUAAGAGUUCAUCAGAGAGUUCAUACUGGAGAGAAACCUUAUCACUGUAGUCUCUGUGGGAACAGUUUUAGUCAAAGGGCUACAUUACUAAAUCACAAGAUAAUUCAUACAGGUGAAAAACCUUUCAAAUGCUCUUAGUGUGACAAGACGUUUGCUCAGUCACGUUGCUUACAAGUCCAUCAGGGAGUUCAUACUGGAGAGAAACCUCAUCACUGCAAUGUUUGUGGGAAGAGAUUUAAUCAACAUGAAAAUUUAUUAAGACACCAGAAAAUUCAUACAGGUGAAAAACCUUUUAAAUGCUCUCAGUGUGACGAGACAUUUACUUUUUUAGCUUCCUUAAAAACCCAUCAGAGAGUUCAUACUGGAGAGAAACCUUAUUACUGUAUUGUUUGUGGGAAGAGUUUUACUCGCCAUGGCAGUUUAGUAACACACCAGAGACUUCAUACAGGUGAUAAACCUUUCAAAUGCUCUCAGUGUGACAAGACAUUUGCUUGUUCAAGUAAUUUAAAAUCCCAUCAGAGAGUUCACACAGGAAAGAAACCUUAACACUGUAAUGUUUGUGGGAAGAGUUAAUCAACAGUCAGUAUUUGUUCUUUUGUUCUGAUAUUUUGAGUAAAGUUUGAAAUCAUGCCAAUUUACUUCCAUAGUAUUAUUUGUUCUUACUAUGUGUUGUUUUUUGACAGUUGUUUUAUGAGUGAAAUACACAGUUAAAAAAGUUACCAUGAAAGUACACUAAAAGUUAGUUUCUGUACACUGUACGGUAGUUUUUGUACAGAGAUUUGAACCUCACCAUGUUUAAGUCAAUAAAAAACAGACACCAACAGGGCCGGUGUCUGUAACUUAAGAAAACAAACAACUUCUGAUUUCCAACAGAUAUUUUAUCAAAACUUGUUACUACCAAAGACUAUAGCAUUACAAAACAACACGUUAGUGUAGUGAACAGCAUACAACAAAGCAUUCCAGAUCCCUCCCCGAUUGCAACAUUUGGACUGAACACUAGCAUUCUGAAUGACAUCUUUAUGUGAUGUUAUGUUUAAAUAACGUUAUUAACGAAUGAAUGAAUGAAUGCAUGUUUGAUAGAGUAACAUUUUGAUGUUAUACUUUUUAAACUCAGAAUAAUGCCAUUGGUAUUUUGGAAAAAUAAAGAUUGUUUGACAUUCAGCUACAUGGUCACCGUCAUUUCUCUAUUAUAAGUUUAGGUAACUUGUACGUUUAGAUAACAAUUACAAAACCAGCAAAUUAUUGCAUGCACAUACAGUACAAAGCAUGAUUAUUUAUUUAGAUUUCAGAACGAGCACAUUUCUCAUUAAUACUAAAUAUGCUGCGGUUGGCCGCUGAUCUGAUACUCUAAUAAAGAUGAAUGUAUAAUAAUUGAUUAAAAAGCAAAACUAUGUACAUGCUUAGGACGUUUGCAUUGUAAUAAUGUACAGGGUAACUUCAGAUAUAAAAACGAAGACUUGUAAAGUGAUGUUUUAUAUCAUUAAAAUCUGAUAACGUCUACCAUUGAUUUAACAUUUGGGUAUACCAACAUGGCGGGGCGGUGGCUUUACAAUCGUGACGUCAUGCGCAAUCCAGUCAUUUAUAUAGAUCAGAAAGACUAUAACGGAUCAUCAGAAAACCAACCAAGUUUCUGAAUCUCUCCUUGAGAUUUUACAGCUCCUCAUUCUGAGUUUGACAACAGAGACUGAACCAGAUCGAUCACAAGUUUUGAGAUUAUGUGUCCAGAGACUAAGUGGAUCACACCACGUUCCGAGCCUCACGUCCAGAAAGGCAAUCAAAGACGUCUGCAAAAAAGGUGGAGCUCAUAAGAGCAAACCUUCACUUCAAAGGACCUUCAUCUGCGUGUUCCAGAUUUGUUAAGGACCUUCUGCACCCACUACAAGACCGCUAGAAUUCUCUCGAUGCCUAUUGGAGAUCAGCAUUUUCACAGCACUUCAUGUUCAAGGCUGUUGAACUGAACCUGACUCUUUCCCCAUUGCAGCAAGGAAAAGCUUGACACGUGGCCGACGGGCCACCACCGGACUGCUCAUUCGACCGCACAGAAUGUAAAUAUCACACAAACAAAUCUUUCCUGAAACCAUGGCAUUGGUCUAUUCUAUUACUAACUAUUUAACAUAGAUGCUUCUCAAUAUUGCAUAACUGAUUUCUUUAACAUUUAUCAGAUAAAACUUUCAUUAUUUGGGUUAUUAGAAAUAAGGGUUU